AAAGUGUUUUGGUAGAUUCACGGUUGAUUUUAGCUUCACGUAAGUUUAAGCUCCUCCCAAUUUAACAUUCUUCUUUCCUGCUCAACAAAUUUCAUUUUCAAUGUAUUUGGGAUACUAGCUGUUUAUUCUGUAUGCUACUUUAACUUUAUAUGACUUUGCUUGAUGUUUCAGAGUUGGGGAGGAUUUUGAACCAAAAGAAAGAGGGAGUGUUGAUAUGAUGGAGGAGCAGCCGAAAGAAGAAACUGCGCUGAUUUCUGAUGGAAUCAUGGAGGACAGAGGUGUUUCAGUAAAUGAAGAAGAAACAAAUUCCCAAUGUGAUUCAGAAAAUGAAGAAGAAACAAAAUGUGAAGGUGAGUCAGAAAAUGAAGAAACAAAAUGCGAAGGUGAUUCAGAAAAUGAAGAAAGAGAAGACAAGGAGAAGUCUGUUAAUGGCGUUAAUGCUUGUCCAUUGGCUAAGGAAAAGGGGACAGCCAAAAAGAGAGACAAAAGAUUGAGUAUUUUUCACAGGAGCCUUAAAGCCAAGUCUGGUCACAAGAAGCGUAAAUGGAAGAAUGUUUCAUCAAGGUCCGUCUCCUAA